CAUUAAUGGAAAUCUUUCAGGUGAUGUAUAAAUCUCAGUUUCAAGAAAUUGACACUUAAGACUGGUUUUGUGGUCCAGGGUCACAUAUUUAGCUUAUUUAGGUUAAAAACCUGCAGCAAGUUUCCAGAAUCCACGAGGAAUGCAUUCACGCUGAGUUAACAGUAGAUCAGUGCUUUAAACCGAUUAGCUGUGGAUUAGUCUGUUCGAUUUCUAAUCCACACCAAUGCACUGUGGCUCACGCUAAACAAUGCACUGCUUUUCAGUGCAGUAUCUGCAAACAACUCCAGAGGGAAGUCACGUGUUGUCUUUACAGCAUCUUUGCAUUGAGCAAGAUGUCCAACAUAUACACUCUGAGAGAAAUGUUCGGUGGCCAGUGGUCAUCUAGCACACGACUCGAUGGCAAAACAAUCAUUAUAACUGGAGCAAAUACUGGCAUUGGAAAAGAAACCGCAAGAGACCUGGCAAAACGCGGGCCCAGGAUAAUAAUGGCUUGCAGAGACCUUGAGAAAGCAGAAGGAGCACAGAAAGAGAUCAUGGAGGAAUCAGGGAACCAAAACAUAGUGAUCAAGAAACUAGACUUAUCUGACACCAAGUCAAUCAGAGAAUUUGCUGAGGUAAUCAACAACGAGGAAAGAGCUCUUCACAUACUCAUUAACAAUGCUGGGAUCAUGAUGUGCCCCUACUCUAAGACAGCAGAUGGUUUUGAGAUGCAGUUUGGUGUCAACCACUUAGGUCACUUCCUGUUAACCUUCCUGUUGAUUGAUCUGCUGAAGAGAUCUGCCCCCUCAAGAAUCAUCAACCUUUCCUCCAUGGCUCAUAGUUGGGGCACAAUAGCACUUGAUGAUAUCAAUAGUGAGAGGAAUUACCACAGUAGGAGGGCAUAUGGUCAGAGUAAAUUGGCCAAUAUCCUUUUCACUCGCUCCUUGGCCAAAAAACUCAAGGACACAGGUGUUACAGCAUAUGCAGUUCAUCCAGGAAUUGUGCGGACAGAACUUAAAAGACAUAUGAAUCUCGGACUUCUAAUCAUGUGGAAGGUUGUCAGACCUUUCACAAAGACCCCAGUGCAGGGAGCACAAACUACCAUCUACUGCGCAGUGCAACCAGAAUUAGACAAAGAGAGUGGUGGUUACUACAGCAACUGCAGUCCUUCAAGAUGUACUAGAGCUGCUAGAGAUGAUGAAAUGGCUGAGAAACUUUGGGAGCUCAGCUGCAAAAUGCUGGGAAUAGUCUGGGACUGAAUGCAGUGUUUUCCAUAAACAAUUCAGUAUAUCCAUUGUUAUUUACUAUUAUUAUUGUUAUAUACAAUUAAUUCCAACAUGAACACCCAAGUAAAAAUGCCAUGACACAAACUCUUAUAUCAACAAAUAUUUAUUUCUCAGUAGGUUGCUUUUAUUUCAAAGUUUAGAGGUCAAACAAUAUUUUCAGUUAGAAUAGUUCAUUUUAUUUCCCCCAUUCAAAGACCUCCAUUUGCAUUAUCAAAUGGUUUAGACUCUGAUAUAAUUACAUUAUACAGCGAGCAUGUAACAAUUAUAUAUUACAACACCUUUUGUGCUGAAGGAAAUAAGUAUAUAACACCUUCAUAAAUUUAUCAAAUUAAUCUAUACAGUUUAAUAAAAUCGAUCCUUUGUAGAGGUGAUGCAAUUUUAUUUGAUAUGAGCACAAUAAAAAGAAUCACAUUUAAUGUGAUAAUGAUGACAGCUGCCUUCGAUACAGUUAUUCAUUGUUGUACAUCAUAUUUUUACAUUGCGCUCUUCCCCGAGGUUAUUGUGCUAUGAUAUUAAUACUGGAGUAAAAACUGCAUUUUUAAAUGUAAAAGACACCAACAAAAGAAAAGAAAAGAAAACUAAAAAAAAAUUCAACCAAUUCAAAUAAUAAAUAUUUUCAGUUUAACAGAUAACACACUGCUAAAUGGGUUUACCCAUGGAUCGAUUGUUUGCCAGUGUUUCACGUGACCUAAGAAAAACAUGAAUCUACAGGACCAAUAAUGGCACAAAUAUAUCAGACAACAGAGCAUUGUUCACUCUUCUCCUAUUCUAACCAAAUUACAUUGGUUGAAGUAACAGUAUAAAUGACUUCUCUAUGUAUUUGAGAACUUCCAAGAUAUUUUGAAAUGUGGGGUAACACUUUAAAAUAAUGGUCCGUUGUUAACAAAUAACUAUGCAGCAAGUAAUAGGUAGUACCACAUUAACACCAAACUUAAUACUAUUAAUUAAUAUGGA